CUGGGGUGGGGCCUCUGCUGGUGGAUGGCCUUGGGCCUCAGAGCCUGGGCUGGCAGGCCCCCUGCUGUGCAGCUGCUGCUUGUUCACCUCAUUCCUCUCCCACUCCAGUUAGGCAGCUCUUUCCUGCUGAGCUGGGCAGCCCCCCUCCUCCCCGCCACGCCACGUGAGGAGUGAAGGAAAAGCCGCCUCCCCCUCUGGGAUCCUGCUCAGCCUGAAGAGGAUCAAGACCUGGGCCAAGCAGGAGCCUGAGGGAAUGGCCCCUGGACCCCAGAGACCCCCAGGGCAGGACUCAAUGACAUUCAAGGAUGUGGCUGUGGACUUCACCCAGGAGGAGUGGUGUCUCUUGAGCCAUUCUCAGAAAGUGCUGUACAAGGAAGUGAUGGUGGAAAACUCCCAGAACCUGCUCUCUGUGGGAAUUCCAGUUCUCAGAGAAGAUUUGCUCUCCCAUUUUGAGGAAAGGGAAGCAUCUUGGAUCCUGGAUGAAAAAGGCCCCAGGAGCUCCUGUCCAGAUGCAGAGACUGGAUUUGAAGUGAAUGAGACUACUUUAAAGCUGAGCAUUUUUGUGAAAAAAUCUCACCAGCAAAGAUUCAUGAGUGAUGGUCCCUGUGAUUUCCAUUUGAGAAAAUUCUGUGACACAGAGAUCAAGAUAGAGAAAACUCAAAAUAGUCACUGUGAAUUUGAUGCAAAGGGUGUCCAGCAACAUUCAGUCCUAAUUCAGUGUAAGAGAAUGACCUCAAGAAGUGACUCUUUUCAGGAUAGUGAAGACAGGCAAUGCUUUAAUGAAAAGUUUGGGCUUAUGCAGUCUUCUGAGAAGCCUUCUGAAAUGCAAAUGGAUCAAAGGCAAAUGGCCUUCAGCUUGAGUUCAGACCUCAUUAGACAUCAGAAGCCUUAUACUGGAGAAAUACUUUAUAUAGGAAAUGAAAGUAGGAAAGCCUUGAGCCAGAACUCAAAACUCCUUGACCCUCAUAAAAUUCACACUGCAGGGAAACAUCAUGAAUGUAAUACAUGUGGAAAGACUUUCAAAAAGAGGUCUAGUCUUGUUAUGCAUCAGAGAGUCCACACCGGAGAGAAAUUAUAUAAAUGUGAUCAAUGUGGAAAGGCUUUCACACAGAACAGGUAUCUUUUGACACAUCAGAGACUCCACAGUGGAGAGAAACCUUAUGAAUGUAAUCAGUGUGGAAAGGGUUUCACACAAAAUAGCCAUCUUGUGACACAUCAGAAAAUCCACAGUGGAGAGAAACCUUAUGAAUGUAAUCAGUGUGGAAAGGGUUUCACACAAAACAUUCAUCUUUCAAUACAUCAAAGAAUACACACUGGAGAGAAACCUUAUACAUGUAAUCAGUGUGGAAAGACUUUCAGACAGCAGUCUGCUCUUUCCCUUCAUCAGAAAACCCACACUGCAGCAAAAACUUAUGAUUGUAAUCAAUGUGGAAAGACUUUCACAAGGCCCACUUUUCAUUAUCAUCAAAGAAUCCACAAUGGAGGGAAAACUUAUCCAUGUAAUCAGUGUGGAAAGACUUUCACCAAAAAGUCCUCUCUUGCUAUACAUAAGAAAAUCCACACUGGAGAAAAACCUUUUGAAUGUAAUCAAUGUGGGAAGGUUUUAGCAUAUAGGGCCCAUUUUGUUAGCCAUCUGAGAAUCCAUACUAGAGAGAAACCAUAUAAAUGCAAUCAGUGUGGAAAGGCUUUCCGACUGAACUGUGGUCUUGCUGUACAUCAGAGAGUCCACACUGGAGAGAAACCAUAUGAAUGUAAUCAGUGUGGAAAGGCUUUCACACAGAGUUCUGGUCUUGCUGUACAUCAGAGAAUCCACACUGGAGAGAAGCCUUAUAAAUGUAAUCAGUGUGGAAAGACUUUCAGACAGAACUCCACUCUUGUUCAGCAUCAGAGAAGUCACACUGGAGAGAAACCUUAUGAAUGUAAUCAAUGUGGAAAAGCUUUCCGUGUGAAAUCCAGAGUUCUUGAACAUCAGAGAAUUCAUACAGGAGAGAAACCUUAUAAAUGUAAUCAGUGUGGAAAGACUUUCACAAAGAAGUCCACUCUUGCUACCCAUCUGCGAAUCCACUCUAGAUAGAAACCUUAUGAAUGCAAUCAAUGUAGAAAGACUUUCUGACAUCUCUAGUCAGCAUGUACAUCAAAGAAUCCAUACUGGAGGAAAACCUUAUGAAUGUAAUCAAUGUGGAAAGGCUUUAAGACAGAAGUCCACUCUUUAUCUAUAUCAGAGAAUCCACAUUGGAAGGAAAACUUAUGAUUGCGAUCAGUGUGGAAAGACUUUAACAAAAAAAAUGUCCAACUCUUUCUAUACAUCAGAGAAUCUACACUAGAGAGAAACCUUUACAAUAUAAUCAGUGUCAAUAGGCUUUGCAAAAAGAACUUCAGUCUUGUAUGUCAGAGAAGCUACAUUGGAGAGAAAUUUUUUCUUUCUUUCUUUUUUUUUUUUUGCUGGGCAAUGAGGGUUAAGUGAUUUGCCCAGGGUCACACAGCUAGUAAGUGUAAAGUGUCUGAGGCAGGAUUUGAACUCAGGUCUUCCUGAAUCCACAGCCCAUGCUUUAUCCACUGCGCCACCUAGCUGCCCUACAGAGAAAUCUUAGUAAUAGAAUCAAUGUUGUAAAGACUUCAAGGAACAAUCAUCCCUUAUUUCCCCUCAGAGAAUUCCUAUCUAAUAGGAAUAGAUGACUGUGAUGAAUAAGGAAAGGCAUUCAAAAGUAGUAGAGGGCUUAUUCAACAGCACAAAAUUCAUUCUGGAAGAUGCUUUAUAUGGACUCAACAGGGGAAGUCUUCCAACCAGAGGUCAUCUCUUUUACAUCAGAGGAUUCCUACUGGAGAGAAGCCUUACAGAUUUGCUCAAUGGAAACGUGUAUUUCUUUGGAAUGUGGGGAUUACUAGACAUCAGGAUGUUUGUGUGGGGGAAAAGUGCUGAUAAAAGCAAUAACUUUUGUUAAUGUCAGGGUCUUCAUAUAGAUCUAAUGCAUGAUUUUACAUUGGAGAAAUCAUGUUGGAGAUUAAACUUACAGAUCUAAGUAAUGAGGAAAGGCCUUUUGCUGCAGUAUAGACUUUGGUAGACAUCUCAGAUUUCAUCUUGUUCAAAAUGUGUU